AUGCCACAACCAUUGACCGUGUCUUUUGAAUCUCAAGACACUCAACAUCAGGCGCGGUUCAACCAAUAUCCUUCAUCACUUGAAGAUGAAUCCUCUCAACAACCACUACACUCUCUCAAUGAUCUAGAUGAUGGAUAUGAGACAUCAGAUAGUGAUUUAACAGACCUUGAAUCUAUUGAUACUUCUUCAGAAUUCGAGACCACUGGUAUCAAUACCCCACCAGCUUGUUCACAACCAAACACCCGUGGCCCACAGCGCCUGCCUACUAUGCCUCAUAACCAGCAGAAAAAACGUUCAAAAUUAUCUCAUGUUGUCAAAGCAUUACAGCGAAAUGGUUGA